AUGGCAAAGAACAGAGUCGCGCCAUUAAAGCAACUUACCAUACCAAAGCUUGAAUUAACAGCUGCAGUUAUUGGGGCAAGAUUGUGUGACCACAUCACAUCAAGUAUUUACUGCAAACGUGUGUUUUUGUGGAGCGAUAGUCAGAUAGUCCUCAAAUGGUUAUGUUCACCAAAGUCACAGAAACCUUUCGUUGGAAACAGAGUUAAAGAAAUCAUGACAUUGACAAAUUCACAUGAAUGGCGAUAUUGUCCUACGGAAUCCAAUCCUGCAGAUCUCUUAUCAAGAGGAAUCUCCUUCGGAAUGUUCAAAGAUAAUACAUUGUGGAUGAACGGACCCUCCUGGUUGUUACAUGAAGAAAACUUUCCUGUUUGGGAGGAUCCUUUAGCAACAUUUGUGACAAGUAUUACAGAUACAUGUGAAGCUGUAGCAGGUACAGUCAGCAUAGAAGAACACAAAGCGAACGGACUCACUUCCGACAAUGUAGCAGACAUAUUUAAUGUUAACAGAUUCAGUUCAUAUAAAAGAAUUUCGCACGUGACAGCAUAUGUACUGAGGUUCAUUAGUAAUUGUAGAAGCGCACACAAGGUACUCGGAAUGCUGAAUUCUCUUGAAAUUGAUUCCGCCUCAAGAGUACUGAUUGCGCUUGCGCAGAAGAAAAAAUACCCGGAUAUCAUAAAGUAUUUUGAGAAGAACUGUAGUCAGACGAAACCGAAUCUCAUCAGACAGCUUGAUUUAUUCAUGGAUGAUGAUAGAAUCAUUCGAUGUGGGGGACGAAUUGGAAAUGCAGCUUUACAUGAAAGAACCAAGUAUCCGUAUUUACUACCACCAAAAGAUAAACUUACAGACUUGAUCAUUUCAAAUGCACAUGUUUCUAGCCUACACUCAGGUUUAGAGAGUACAGUCACGUUUCUGCGGCAGAGCUUUUGGAUACCUACUAUACGACAACGAGUAAAGACUAUUAUUCACAAAUGUAUCACCUGUAGAAAGGUAACAGGUCAGCCAUAUCGAGUACCAGACGCGCCACCACUACCAAAAGAUAGACUUCUUGAAGCGCCGCCAUUUACAGUAACUGGUGUCGACUUUACCGGAUGUUUAAAUGUCAGAAAUAAAGAUGGAUCGAUAGGAAAGGCAUAUAUUUGUCUUUUCACCUGCGCAAAUACAAGAGCCGUACAUCUAGAAGUCGUUCCCAACCUGACAACGGAAGCAUUCAUUUUAGCACUUCGUCGCUUCUGCAGCAGAAAAUCAACACCGAAAAUCAUGAUGUCUGACAACGCUUUAACAUACGUCGCAACAGCUGCUAUUUUGAAAGAAGAAGUACUUAACAGCAUUGGCAUAACUUGGAAAUUCAUUCCACAACACGCACCAUGGUAUGGUGGCUGGUGGGAGCGUUUAAUCGGUGUAACGAAAAAGUGCAUUAAGAAAGUACUUGGAAAAGCGUUAGUCAGUAUGGAUGUUCUUCAGACUGUUAUUACGGAGGUAGAAUGCGUCAUAAAUGAUCGGCCACUGACAUUCGUAUCGUCCGAUCCACUUGAUAAAGACCCACUUACGCCAUCUCAACUUCUGUACGGUCGGCGAAUUAACUCCCCAGUCUAUCCAGAUAACCGACAGGUGAACGGAGAAGAAAACCUAACCCACGGCUCAGCCAACAAGAUGUCUAGAAUAAGGUCAGCGAUAAUUGAACAAUUUUGGUCUAAGUGGAAACACGAAUAUUUGACGUCCCUCAGAGAACGUCACAGAACAUCCGGGAAGGAAGGCGAUACCGUCAAUAUCGGCGAUGUCAUUCAAAUCCACGACGAACACAGUCCUAGAAAUAAGUGGUCUCUAGGAAUAAUCCAAGAUGUUAUCACCAGCGGAGAUGGUCGAGUUCGAGCAGCGGUAGUGCGAUCCAGUAGAGGUUCAACGACCAGACCAAUAUCCAAACUGUACCCACUGGAAGUAACCCCAAACGAAGAUAAGGAACGCUAA